CCUCCACUGGAGGGCCUCCAGUUAACGACCCCGUCCAGUGGCUGAGUCCAGGAGGGCCGCUCGGAGGGAUGACCCUCAGAUCGAAAGGCCGACAGUGUACUUCUGUCGUCGCAACGUCGCGGCUCGAAAGCGAACGACCUUCGCCAUGCUCGAGAUUUGGAGUCUCGACCGCUUUCGAGCCAUGACCUCGCCUCGCACCGGCCGUCUGCUGAAGUUCAGGAUCACUUCGCCCUCUUUGCAGUUGACUCACUCGUUCGCUGUUGCGGAUUGAUGUCACAAGUUUUUGAAUAUGAUUGUUGCCUGCUGCUAGUUGACGACUAACGUCGGCUGACGUCGAUUUUAAUCGUGAUGGAUCUGAUUCAGUCCCACGACACAGUGAAGAUUUCGGGUAUAAGAGCUCCGAUGGGCGGAAGGCAACUCCAGUGUCUGAAAUCUGCCGGAAACAAGUCAAUUCUGUGCAGGAUUGAAGAGGUGAGCACAAGAGUCACAGCGGACUCGAAGAGCUAACGGGGUUUACAAAUCCUGAUCUGAUCGGCAACUUGUACCCAACAGACCGACCAACCAAAAGAUGAGCUCUCCCUCUUCCAAUUUGGUGGAAUGGUUCGGGCUUAGCUCAGAUAGAAGCUGAUGUGAUGAACGAGGAGGACAGCUGAGUGACAGAUUGAGGUACGGACGCACGAGGUUAAAACGGCUCUGGAGAUUUCGCGGGGAGAAUGGAAGCUCUCGAGGCAGAGAAGGAGCAUGUCAAAGAUACUCAGUCCCAAGAGAAGACUGGAUGGACCUGGUGGUGGCUGAGCAGGAGAAUUCGGUCACGGGGGUAUUCUGCCUCCGAGAAAUUCCAGUCAAACCUUCUUCUCGUUCCUCUUUUAGCAAUUUUGGACGCAGUUUACUGGUGCGCGGUGGGGCUAGAAACGCUGGCCCUGGUUUUGAUCGUUUUGGUGGCUCUGACUCCAGGUGUUGCGGUACUAUGGUUUCUAGCCCUUCAUCUUUGUCCACCCAUCCCCAAGCAUCAAACUGGAAUCGAUGUCUUCUUCUCUUUGUUCUACUCUCACAACGAUCGUCUCGGCCGCCAAGCCAUUUUUGCACUGAGCACUGUACUCCUUUUCUUCGUACUCAGAUACCUCGAUGACUGCGUCACGAAGAAGGAUCCACGAUCAAAUGUCAUCAUCUGGUGUUUUGACGUCGCGAAGCGGUUUCCUCCUGUUCCAAGUUUCAUUGCCUCUGUUGCACUUCAUCUCCUGUUUUCCGCAAUCGCUGCCGUCUUCUUUUUCGCUUCCAACGCUGCAUUAUUCUUUGUCACUUUCUUCUUCAUCUCCGUUCCAAUCUGGAUACUGAUCUUCAUCUUGGAUAUGUCGCCCUACAUCUCCUGGUACAUCUUGCUGCCAUUGGUUUUGUUUUCACUUCUCUUGCUUCUUUCUUUGUCUCGUCGAAUCAUGCACUGUUAUCGGGCCAAAGGAAGAUCGGAUCUGAAAGUAUAGGCCGAAAUGUUUAUGUUCGUGAUCAACCGAUUCUUGAGGCAUCUCAUGAGCAUUGUAAUCUUUUGGCUGACGCUACUCCAGCCCAGUAAUUGAGCACCUUUAGUUCUUCUCAUUCGGAAUGAACCUUGCAGAAGCUUUUGUGUCU